CGCGUUGCCUGUCUUUUGGCCCCGGCGACUCCCCAUCGCCCGUGCGGAAGCGUUCGCUAACUGAAAUGAUGGCGACUGGAACGGCAGAUUCUCAAGCGCGGUUCGGUCAGUCCGUGAAGGGGCUUCUCACGGAGAAGGUGACCACCUGUGGUACUGACGUAAUCGCGCUCACCAAGCAGGUGCUGAAGGGCUCCCGGAGCUCCGAGCUGCUAGGUCAGGCAGCUCGAAACAUGGUACUCCAGGAAGAUGCCAUCUUGCACUCAGAAGAUAGUUUAAGGAAGAUGGCAAUAAUAACAACACAUCUUCAAUACCAGCAAGAAGCUAUUCAGAAGAAUGUUGAACAGUCAUCAGAUCUACAGGACCAGUUGAAUCAUCUGUUGAAAUAGAAUGACAUGUAAGAGUGCUGUAGCACUCCUUUGCCUAAUGCUGAGGAGUAAAUACCUUACACAGCUGUCCUCUGGGUUUGGUUUUCUAUUUUCUUCUCCAAAAGUUAAGUUAGAAAAGUUCUGUGUUAGGGCCGGGUGUGGUAGCUCACGCCUGUAAUCCCAGCACUUUGGGAGGCCGAGGCGAGUGGAUCACGAGGUCAGGAGUUCGAGACCAGCCUGGCUAAGAUGGUGAAACCCGUCUCUACUAAAACUACAAAAAAUUAGCUGGGCGUGGUGGCGGGCGCCUGUAAUCCCAGCUACUCGGGAAGCUGAGGCAGGAGAAUCGCUUGAACCUGGGAGGUGGAGGUUGCAGUGAGCCAAGAUCGCGCCACUGCACUCUAGCCUGGGUGACAGAGUAAGACUCCGUCUCAAAAAAAAAAGAAAAGUUCUGUUUUGAUGUACAGUUUCUCCUAAGAAGAAGCGAGGUGGUUGAAUUUUGGAAGCACUUCUUGAAUCGGAUUAACCCAUGCUCUUAUUGAAUUCUUUCAUCUGCUCUGUUUAGUUUGAUAUCAAAGCAAAAUUAAAAGAGGUCUUAGUUUUUCCCAUAAAACUUUUAAUAUGUCAAAAGCUAUAUUGUCUACAUUUCAGUACUUAAGCAAAUACUGAGUAGUGUUUUAAAUUCAGAAAUAGAGCUUCUAUUAUGAACACAUGAGAAUGAUUUUUUCUCUUAAUCAUUAUUAAGGAAAUAUUUUAAUUUCAUGGUCAUAUAAUGGUGAUAAGUAAUACCUGAUUGUUUCCUUUUCUGUUCUAGUAACUCAGAGGAAAUACGUGUUUUAUUUGUGAUAGCAAAUUCCUAAAUGAACAUUAGGCAAGUGGUAUCAUUAUCAGGCCAGCUGCAGCCUCUUGCCUUGACCUGCAUUCCUAGAAUUUCUUUGUUGCUGUAAUUCUUGAUUAAGUGACCUUGACUUUCAUUUUGUAAUUUUGCUAAUCAGCAAAUUCACUUGCAUGACGUUACUGCCAAAUAUGAAGGCAGUUGAAUUAUUAUGAGUGAUUGUGGCAGAGGGUUGUGCCAUGGUGAAAACUUUGAUGUUUGUCUGUGUUCAUUGGAUCCAUCUUUUUAAAUGACAUUACUAUGAGUCUGUUGUCAAACCUAAAUAUCUUUGUUUGAAUUUAAAAUGGGACUCUAUAUUGUUCUAGUUCAGGUCUUCAUUGACUAAGAGAUUGAGAGACAUCUGACAUAAGAAAAUAUUGUUUUCACUGCAGGAAUAAAGAGGAAGUAACAGUGAAUCCAAUAUAGUUCAUAUUGUUAUUGUCCAAUCAUCAAGUUAACUAAGCAUUAUCAGAUUACGUUUAUUUCUCAUACAUACGGAUAUUAACGUAAAGUAAAAAAGCUAGAUGUGAAGGAUCUGAAAAGGCAUUAAUUUAUGUACUAAUUCUAUAAACAUGUAUUAAUAAUUGCAGUAUUAUUAAAUACAGAUGGACUCAAUUUACCUUUGAAAAGAAAGACCACUAAUUUAGAAAACAAAGCUAAGUGCAGUCAUUACAAGAAGCAAAGAAAUACUCAAGUUAGAAAAAAAUUAAAAUGAAGGGAUAGUCUAAGUUUUCUUCAUGCUGGAACAAAUAUUAAAGAAGCAGUGAUUGCUUACAUUGUAUGUGAUAAAAUAUUAAUACCUUUCACAAUCAAAAUUUUAUUAGUAAAUAUAAGAUAAAAUUUAUAUUAAAUAAUGAAAACGUAUUUGUACUGAAUUUAGUCACUAGAGAACAUUGUAACAAAAUACAUGAAAGAAAAGUAGCCAGAAAUGUGAGAACGGGUGGAAAUGUAUACAUUAUUUGAUGUUUUUUUUUUUUUAUGGAAAUAAACAACAUACAUAGAAUUAAAUGGUGAUCAAAAACAUGGAAAAAA